AUGUCGUGCGAAGACCCAUCAGCCAGGCCAGAACUCAUGCCUCGGAUCCUGUCUGUGUCCGCUGUAGGAAUCCGGAUCUUCCGGCGAGCAUUGUCAUCAGGCACUCGGUCUAUUGCAGGCAAGGGAAUGCUUUGUGACUCAGUUGGGCCACAAGUUCCGUCGGUGUCUCGAACCCACGAUCAACCCACCUCAGCCCGGCCCGCCCCAGGCUCGCGGGGGGUCUCUCUUCGACCGGUUCUUAAGGCUGCCGGUGAUCUCCUGGUUGGGUUCUCUGCCCGACUCGACCCUGCUCGAGGAACAAAGGCAAAAUCCAAGAGAGAGAAUGUCUGGCCAACCGCUCGUGUUGCCUUUAUUGACAUUUCAGCCGCAUACCCUGGGGAACCGGUGUUAGUAGACUCAGAUAGAACAGAAGAUGCCCGUCGGCUGGUAGCUCGUUAUCCUCAUUUUACGUUUAUCCCUUUGCGCAUAGAAAAUGCAUUCGACCCUAACUGGGCAAACUCUGUCGGCUUUCCUUUGCGUGAGAGCUCAGUUGGCAUCGAUGUCAGUUCUGAAGACCUACCAGCUACUCGUUUGCCUCCAGAAACAAACCCAACUGAAGCCCUUCACCUUUACCUGUCAUCUCAGCCUUCCUCUUCAGCGCGUACUACAGCCCUUCGCAACAUCACUCGGCUUCUCCUUCAGUACACGGCUCGACAUACCAAGUCUUCUCAUCUCCUCUUGGGUGGAUCCUUGACAUCGUACGCCGUGGAUCUCCUAGAUGCGGUGGCAACUGGUGCCGGGUUUUCGAUACGCCAAGUUGGAGAAGAAACCUGGGAAGGCAUAAGGAUCGUCAGGUCGCUUAGAGAAAUUACAGACAAAGAAGUAGCGGCUGGGUGUUGGUGGCGCCGGGUCGAAAUUAUGCCUGCAACUGUAAUGGCACGCGAGGAUAACGGCAUUACAAGGCUCACUAAAGCCUUUAUCACUGGGCUGGAUCGGGACUUUCCUUCCACGGUACAUACAAUCGCCCGAACGUGCGAAAAGCUGGCGCCCAAGGGUGGGACGAGCGAUUCGAACUGUCCAUUAUGUGCACGACCCAUCCAACCAGGAGUUCAAGCUUGGAAGGCACAAAUCGCAAUCCGCACGUUUGAACCAGAGCUCAGGGAGUCCCCCCUGUCCUCGAGUGCGGUGAAUCCCGAAGGCGGUCAUCCCCGCUCUGACACGCACCCCGGAUCCGAUUCUGUGAGCACCAACGAAUCGCUUCUACCCCCUGAGAGCGGAUCGAGGCAGACGACCGAACCGAUUCUGAGCAGCACGACUCCGACGCUUGCACCUCUUCUUUGCUACGCAUGCCAUACCCAGCUCACGAGUCGAGGCCGGGUUCCAGUACCUAAGCAUACGAUUGAUCAAGUUGCCCUUCCUGUAUGGGUUCGGCCGGAGAAUGUGCUCCGAGAUUACUUGCUCGAAUCCGAGUGA